AUGCUGAGACCUCAGAACAAUAGAGUUUACGUGGUGCCAAUAUGCUUCACCCGAAGGUUCCUCCUUUUCUCUUUGCUGCUAGUAGGAGUGCCAGCAUUUUAUUAUAUCGUUUCAAACACUGCCAGUGAUAAUGGAUAUACUGAAAGUGUCGCCUCUACUAGAUACUCAAUUGAAGAAAUGCAAGGGUUCGCAUUCAAGAACAGUGUGUACACCAACUUUCGUCCUUCAUACUAUACGCGCUGGGAUUUCUCAUUCAAUCAAAUUCUUAAUAACCCUGUGAAAAAGUUCAAUAUCACCAAGACUGACGUGAUUGUUUUCCUUCAUAUCCAGAAAACAGCAGGAACUUCUUUUGAGAAGUACCUAGUGCGGUAUCUAGAAUUGGAAAAACCCUGCAAAUGUAGCAAAGGUAGGAAACGAUGCACUUGUCGGAGGCCUAACAAUCAGAAAGAGAUUUGGCUGUUUUCCCGUUAUUCAACAGGGUGGGAUUGUGGGUUGCAUGCUGACUUCACUGAAUUAUAUGUUAGUGGUUGUGUUGACGCAUCUCUCGACAAAAAAGAAGGUUCACAUAAGAAACGAAGGUACUUCUAUACAUCUUUCCUGAGGGAGCCCAUUUCCCGCUUCAUCUCUGAAUACCGUCACGUCAAUAGAGGAGCGACUUGGAUAGCUUCAAGACAUGUUUGUAACGGUCGUCCACCAACUCCAGAUGAGUUGCCUCUGUGCUUUGAUCCUCAAACUGGAUGGGAUGAUGUUUCUUUGGACGAAUUCUUGCAUUGUCCCUAUAAUUUAGCAUUCAAUAGGCAAACUCGAAUGCUAGCUGAUCUCACUCUAGUGAACUGCUAUUCACGCACAGACAUGACGCAAGAUAUCAGGGAAAAGAUUAUGCUAGAGAGUGCGAAGAAUAACUUGCGUAAGCUAGCAUACUUCGGAUUGAAGGAGAAAAUGGAUGAUAGCCAAUACAUGUUCGAGAAGCUUUUUGGAUUAACGUUUACCAAACAACUCUCGGAGUGGUCUAAAAGUAAAUCAAACGACACCGUUAUAACUGAGAAUCAGUUAAAGUUAAUUAAAGAGAGGAAUCAUCUGGACAUAGCCCUCUAUGAGUAUGCUGUUAAGCUUUUUGAAAGCAGAAUGUCAAUGAUUCGGAAUAAGAGCAUGGAUACGCCCGAUGUGACUCGAAAACUAGGAGUGAAAGAAGAGACUUCUGAGUCGUUCUACUUUCUUAGGGAUAAAGAAGCACCUGAACAAGAGUUUAGCUCUUUCAUGAAGUCUAACAAUACUGUCCAAUAUGACGCUAACACAGAUUCGUACGAAAUCGAUGACUCUUCAGGUGCUGAUAGAAACGAAAACGUUUUAUUUAAACGGGUGUGA